AUUGGCAAUUUGCCGACUAGCCCAACCUCCGACACACUCCCAAAACUUGCAUUUUCAAAUACUACUCUCCCUAGCUAAGGCAUAUCGUCGUACUAAGGUAAAGCCGUGAUGCACAGGACGCUAUCAACAGUCGCGCGUGGAACAGCGUUCGAGCAACGGUCGCUUCAAUUACUUCAAGAAUGUUUCUCCAUGUCCCUCAAACGCGUCGGUGGCAAAUCUGAUGGCGGCAUCGACUUGUUGGGCUGGUGGUGGCUUCCCCUUAGCUCAGUUUCACAGCCUACGCCGAUCACACCUCCACGUAGACGCAUACGCGUCCUUGCGCAAUGUAAAGCAGAGAAGAAGAAAUUCUCGCCAAACUACGUUCGCGAGAUGGAAGGCGUAUGGCAUAUGCACGCUCAAGACCGCUCCCCUUCCGAAUCUAACAUACGCGUGUCUGAACUGGGUACAGUAGCGCUUCUCCUUUCAGAGUCAAAAUUCACCACCGCAACCCUCACCCGUGCACUUGGAUCCAGCGUUCCCUUUCUACUCAUGCACCUCCCUCCCCCUCUGCCGGUUUCUUCAGAUUCACCCGUUGAAACCACCCUCGGAGAAGUUGGCUCUGCUUUCUGGAAUCCCGCUCUGGGUGGUGCGCAAGGUCUUCUUCGAGGAGAACUCGAUGUUCGAUGGGAACGUGACCCGGGAGGUGGUGGGCGGCCUGGGUUGUGGUGUCGUGACAAAAGGGUGCAAAACUGGACGCCGGAUGCACAUGGGGAGUAUGUUAACACUUCCGAGGAUAUCAAUCGGUGACUAGGAUGGUUAUCCGUCUAUGGAUGACCCGACUCGGGAGUUGAGUGUCACGCUACCAUUGUGCCGACUGGGCGUGUAACUGCGUUUGCAUGUUCAUUUCUUUAGCGCUCGCCGACGGAUUUGGUGCAAGUGGUGAUAUGUAAGACGGAACCAACCGAGGUUCAUCACAGGCAUUCUAAACAAGGGUUUACUGUCUACCUCUCUGUGAAGCACGCCGUUCUCAAUCAGGGUUAUGCCCCACGAAGAGGC